CACCGGUACAUUAGGUCAGCGUGGCUGAGCCGUACAGUUCGCAUAUCAGUCUGACGGAAUUCACUACAGCACAAAUGGUAUUUUGAGGUCUUAAUCGAAGUAUUUACUUUGUAGGUGACAGGACAUUGUCUUUUCGCCAUGACGACGUUGGGAGCAGUGAAUCGACUUUUUUUUCUUGCUAAAUGCGGCAGCAGUAGCGUUAGGCCCUGCAUAACUAGAUGGCAGUCAACUGCAGCUGCGGCAGCCUUUGUGCGGCAGACAGUCCCAGACAUCCAAGAGAACAGGAAGCCCAAGACUGGAAUCCUGAUGAUGAACAUGGGCGGCCCAGAGAAACUGGAUGAUGUGCAUGACUUCCUGCUACGCCUCUUCUCAGACAGAGACCUCAUGCAGCUGCCUGCACAAGACCAUCUUGGGCCCUUCAUCGCCAAGCGCCGCACCCCUAAGAUCCAGGAGCAGUACAGCCGCAUCGGGGGCGGCUCCCCCAUCAAGCAGUGGACCACCAUGCAGGGGGAGGGCAUGGUGAAGCUGCUGGACGAGAUGUGUCCCGACACUGCUCCACACAAGUUCUACAUUGGGUUCCGCUACGUGCACCCGCUUACAGAAGAGGCCAUUGAGGAGAUGGAGAGAGACGGAGUGGAGAGAGCAGUGGCCUUCACACAGUACCCACAGUAUAGCUGCUCCACAACAGGAAGCAGUUUGAACGCCAUAUAUCGCUACUACACCGAGAAGAAGGACCGGCCUAAGAUGCGCUGGAGUGUCAUUGACCGCUGGCCCACACAUCCACUGCUAGUUGAGUGUUUUGCGCAGCACAUUCUGAACGAGCUGGAGAAGUUUCCGGUAGAGAAGAGAGACGACGUGGUCAUCCUGUUUUCCGCCCACUCUCUGCCCAUGUCUGUGGUGAACAGGGGAGACCCGUACCCCCAGGAGGUGGGGGCCACAGUGCAGAGGGUCAUGGAGCGCUUGGAACACUGCAACCCCUACCGCCUCGUCUGGCAGUCAAAGGUGGGCCCCAUGCCCUGGCUGGGUCCCCAGACUGAUGAUGUGAUAAAGGGCCUGUGCCAGCGGGGCAAGAAGAACCUGCUGCUGGUGCCCAUCGCCUUCACCAGCGACCACAUCGAGACGCUGCACGAGCUGGACAUCGAGUACUCUCAGGUGCUCGGGGAAGAGGUUGGUGUGGAGAAUAUCAGGAGAGCAGAAUCUCUCAAUGGAAACCCUCUCUUCUUUAAGGCUCUGGCUGACCUGGUCCAGUCCCACUUGAAGUCCGAUAAGCCGUGCUCGAGGCAGCUCACCCUGAGGUGCCCCAUGUGCGUGAACCCCACCUGUGGAAAGACUAAAGCCUUCUUUGCCAAUCAGAAGCACUGACCCCUGACCUUCGACCUAUAACCCCCGCCCCCCCCUGCAGACUGUCCAAUGAAAAUAGACAAGGAAGAAGAUUCUCAGCCUCUAUGACGUCUAAGAGCAGAGAGGUCUUCUUGUCCAUCACGAGUCAGUCGCCAGAUGGAAAUGCCCUGCAAACGCACAAACUAUACUUUUCGUCAUUGUUUUGUUUUUGUUUUUGUUUUUGUUUUCGCUUUGCGCUGGUUUUUGUCCUUUUGUCUGUUUCUGUGCCCCCCUGUCUCUGCUUACAUUCCACCUAGUCUACAAACGUCCCCGUCUCAGCGGUGAAUGAGAAUAAGCUGAAAUGAGUACCUCGGUACCUCCCCAGGACUAUAAACGUCCCUCCAAGACUCACAGACCUUCUCAGCUGAUCGCCCUUGAUGGCCGCAAACCUGAGCUAUGCUGCCCUACAAUUUCAGAACGCAGUGUAAUUCAAAAUGGCAAACUGAGAAAAAAGGCUUUAAAGUUUCCUUUCUGUCCACGCGACUGUGUUGGAGGUAAAGUGGUGAUGACACUUCCAUAUAAUACUUUUUUAUGGUGAAAAUUUAUGCACACAAGAAAAAAGCAAAAAAACCAACAUUCUCCUUACAUUUUAGCUGAAAAAUCAUUAUACUGCGCUCUGUUGUGGUAUUACUGUCUACACCAAAACCACGGUGUCAAUGGAGAAGUGCAGUAUAAUUCGCAUUAUACUGCGUUCUUGCCUAGUACGACGUAACCUCCUAAAACCAAAAAGCGCAGUAUAAUCAGUUUUUUGCGUUUUUUUCCGAAACGGGACCAAGUUGGGCCAAAAAAUUUUAACACAAGAAAAAGAAGGUAUUUUAAAGCCAAUUUCCGGUCUAAACCCAUUUUCGACCAUUUUCAAGAUACUGCGUUCUGAUAUUGUAGGGCAGUAUGGAAUGGAGGAGAGACUGGCCCGGCUCUAUGAGAUGUACAGCUAAAAAUAUCAUAAACCUCUCCUCUGGUGACCCAGUGGAGCAGACACACACACAGUUGUUCAGUCACAAAUGUGCAUGUCCAUGUCAACACAAGUCUGACACACACACACACAUAAACACCCACAGCUCAUACCUGCUCUUUUGUUCUUUUGAGUUCAAUCAGCUGUACUUUUUUUUUGCACCCUUGCAUCCAUCCUCAUCUCUUCCACUGUGUGGCACUGGGCUGGAAAUCCUGUCCUUUGCUCCAGCAUACAGCCUGUCCACCUCCAUCAGCACUCCACCUUUCAGCUCCUCUCUGGGAUGUGCCUUCCCAUAACCCCCUCCUUCCUCACUCACACUACACACACACACACACACACACACACACACACACACACACACACACACACACACACACACACACACACACACACACACACACACACACACACACACACACAGAGAAACACGGUCUGCAACCAGUCUAUGGUCAGCACCAACUACACACUAACUGAGGGUAGAAAAACAAACAACAAUUUGGGCUCAGUGUGUUCAUACCAGCCCAUUAUGUUGUUAAGAUACUAUUAUUAUUAUUAUUAUUUGUGCUUUGCAUAAUAUCUGCAGCGUUCCACUGUGUGUACUAGUGUUCGUGUGUAAGGUCUGGAAAAAAAAUCAAAGGUGUUUACUAUCUUUUAGUGUGUAUGACAUUAUUUAUUAUGUUACUGGCAGAGUUUAUUUUAUUUUAUUUUUUUUCCGUCAUUCUUUUUUUUUUUCUUGGACACGCUUGCCUCUAGAUGGCUGUAUACAGUAGUACAAUAAUCUCAAUGCAUCUACCUCUCUCUCGCGAGAGUCCUCAUCUAGUCUUCCAUCCGCCUCAAAAGUGGACUACAAAACAACAAAUACACACACAAAAGCCAGCUUGUUGCAUCCUCUCAACAAAUUCCUUUGUUACGUUUCCAUUCUUGUCCAUGCAGCAUCUAGACUGUUCCCAUCAUCAUCAGCAUCAUCAUCGGCAUCAUGCGUCGUCCUUCGUCGUCCUCUCUUCUGUCUCUCCUCUCCUCUCCUCUCCUCCUCCUUUCCUCUCCUCAUCCAUGGACACCCUCUCCCCUCCCCUCCCCUCCCCCCCUUGGCGCCUUCCCAUGGUCACCAGGGCUCUGUUGAUUAAGCUGAGAGAAAUUGGUUGUCCUGGACCCAAUAACCCCCUCCGUGUGUGUGAGCGUGUGUGCGUAUGUGGGUGUGUAUGGGCACAUUGGGGAGUUGCUGGCGGUGCUGAGAAGAAUGAAUGAGUGAGGGGAAAGAGAGAGUGGGAGCGAAGGGGAGAGAGAGAGAGAGAGAGAGCGUGAGAGGGAGGGAGAGAGAGAGAGAGAGAGGGAUCUGGCUCUGGGGUCUAGCGUGGGUCUCCUGGUAAUUGAAAAGCUGGGGGACGCUUGCUCUACGGAACAGUGUGACCUCUAAUUGAGAGCGGAGCGAUUGAUUUCUCCACUGUGAGAGAGAAAGAAGGCGUGCUGGGUGGAAAGAGGGGGAUGGGAAUGGAGGAGGGCAGGGCGUGGUGUGGUGUGGUGGUGUAGCUGAUGGUGUGGUGAUGGGGAGCAGCGGGAGGAGACUGAAAUGGGGAAUGGGGGGAGGGGGGGAGAGUCCCACAGUCUGAGCAGGAGAGAGAGUGAUAGACGGAGAGGUGAGGAGAGAGAGAGGGAGGGGGUAAAGCCAAAGCAUUCCAUCAGAGGAGGGAAGCUAGGUUGGACUGGAGAGUGGACAGGAAAAAUGGAGAUGUGUGGAGGGUGGUGGGGCGAAGCCAAGCGAGGAGCAGAAAGGGGAGCAGUGAGAUUGCUGGGGAGAGACACUACUCUUUUGCAGAAGCCACCAGAAAAGCAGGGUGUGUGUGUUUUUUUUUUUUUUAAAGAUGAUGAUGAAUAUGGCUGAGGGAUGAUUGUUUUUUUAUACACCAUACCAUCAGACCCUGUGGAGUUGACUGCCUUUAAAAGACAACUUCCUAAUUGUGACUUAAUGUUAUUGGGUUAUAGCUUGUUAAUGUGCUUUUAAUAACAUCUCCCAAAAAUAUGUUGUUGAAGCGUGUAUCUAUAUAUUUUUUGAAGUCGCUGAAUAUCCACGAAGGAAGUUGUGUCUGUAAGCACCGCUGUGAGAGAGCAUUAAUCUUCAGAGGAUGGUCUUUGUUACCACUGAUUUAUUUAUUUCCAUUGGGAAGGCAAUGGUCCAGUGUUACCGGUCAACUAGAGCAAACAAUAAAACAAAGGAAUACUCAUGCUUCCAGAAUACACCUGAUCAAAGAAAGGCGGUAGGGCUAGCCCCUUACACCUGUGCUUCUCUUUGGAGCUAUGCAAAAGCAAUGUCUGCAGUAAGCUCAUUUUUAGGGGACUCCCCAAUGCCUUCAAAUUCAUACAACAGCUGGUAUAACUUCCUGGUAUAACUUGCUUGUAAAUGCACUGGGCUUGUCAACUACGUAUACAUGUUAUAAAUCCAUCACUGAAAGUGAAGUCAGGCUGAUUUUAAUUUGUACUUACACUGAAUGUGAAGUGUGUAUAUAGUUAAGCUGUAUGUCUGAACUGACCGAGUAAAUAAAUUUAUUUA